AUGAUUUCACAGACAGUAUUCCUUGAACUUUCCGAUACUGAAUGGACCAAUCAAAUUUCUUGUGACUUUUUACAAGAGUAUAUUAAAACGAUAUUCUUGGAUGCUCACAAUGAUGGUUAUUUCAUACCACAACCUAUUGAAUAUAUGAAUGUGUUUGAUACGGAAGAGUUUAACGACAUCAAGUAUGAAGAGCCAAUAAUCGCCAAGAAAAUUCGAUCUUUUAAAGUGGCUCAACAUCAACAAGUAUUAUCCAUUCUAUUCGAACAUUUCAACCGAUGUCUAACACAAACAUGGGAGGAUAAAUUAAUAGUUCUCAAAUUAUUAAAUAUGUUUGAUCACAAGAGUAUUGAAUGGAAAACAUAUUUUAGUAUUGAUCUUCUCAAAACAGUUAAAUCAGAAACUUUAAAAGAGGAUAAUGAACUUGUUCAAUGUGAAUUGGUCGAAUUUAUUAAUCAAUUCUGUCAUAUGAUUUACUAUCGUAAUAUGAUUGUCGAUAGUAUAGAGUUUCGAGAUAUCAUCAAAGAAACUUUUAACCACAUCAUCCAAGCUUCAGAUUCACCACAUCCUAGGUUAUUAUCCUCUCUAAUCAAGUUCUGUGAUCUUGAUAAUAACGAUCAAUUAGCAUGCGACAUUUGGGAGCACAUCUUUCCAACAGACCCUAUUUGGCAAGAAUAUAUUGUAAACCUCGCUUUAAAGUCUUUCCAAUCAAAUGAUAUGGACGUUAUCGAUUCUGCUAAAUACUUGGUACAAGUGAUCAAUUAA